AUGACAACAACUUUCCGCAGUACCCCUCUCUUUGGCGGGGCACUCAUCGUCGACCUUCCUUCCAACUUCGCCGACGUCAGCACAAUUCGACAAGUUCCAGACCACCAGGAAGUCUACCUCGACAAAGAUGGCUUCACAAGCAUCAUCUUCGACAUCGUAGAGCGCGUGGGUCAACCUGGCAGUGGUCCAGCCAUCGACGGCGCAGCCUUAACCACCCACCUUGAAGACAUCGUCGACUCAGAUGAUGAUACCGUCAAGGUUUGGAAUACAUCAAACACUCAAUUCUCAAAGCUUCCUGAGGAUAUCCCAGCCUACACUCUGAUAGCAACACAAACCCCGCCACUAAAACCAGACUCUAAAAACCCGGAUUUCACUGCGAUUGUUCUGACUCUGGUACGGCUGGAAAAGGAAAGUACGGACAUCUUGAUCACGAUCAAUGUGCCACAUAUCAAGGGAGAGUACACGGUUGAGGAGAUUGAUAUGCAGAUUGGAAAGCAGGGAAAGCUGAUUGAAGAAAGCGUAGAGUUCGCUGCGAAAAUCUGGGAGAGCUUCAAGAUUAAGGAUUGGGGACUCUUUAAUGAAGUUUGA